AAGGAAGGAAGAAAGAAGAAAUCUUCAAAAAUGAUAAAAUAGAAACAAAGUUUAGUCAAUCAUUUCUGCAGAUUCAAAACUGGAUUUUCCUAGCAGUUAACUCAGCCAAGAAACACACGUCAAUCCCAAUCCAUUGCCUACUAUUUAUAAGACCCAAUACCAUAACCUAAAGGCAUUCAGAAAUUCCCUCCAUCACCUAUCCACAGUAUCUAUAACUUCUUGCACCGAUGUAUCCCAAUAAAGCCGAAGCACCCUAUGCCAAAUCAGCUCCACCACCUCCAACUUCAGCCACUCCAUUUGCAAAGCCUCAUGAGGGACAAUGGUCUUCCGGACUUUGUGAUUGUUUUGAGGAUCCAUCCAACUGUCUCAUAACAUGUUGCUGUCCAUGUAUCACCGUUGGCCGGAUUGUGGAAAUUGUUGAUAGAGGGACCACAUCAUGUCUGAUUGGUGGCCUCAUCUCCUAUGCCAUGGGCUCUGUUGGCUGCGGAUGGCUGUACGCUUGUACAUACAGGUCCAAACUCCGAGGCCUCUUCUCACUGCCAGAGGCUCCCUGUGCAGAUUGGUUGGUUCAUUGCUGCUGCUGUGCUUGCUCUCUUUGUCAAGAGUAUAGAGAACUCCAGUAUCGUGGGGUUGAUCCCUCCAUUGGUUGGGAAGCCAAUGUAGAGAAGUGGAACCGGGAAGGACUCACGCCUCCUAUAGCACCUGGCAUGGCUCGUUGAUGCAAAAAUUGUAUUUUUGCCAUAAACAAGAUUUGAUUAUUGUAUAUUUAUUUCUUUAAGACAUUGUCAUUUUGUAUUAUAUGCAACGUGAGUGUGUAACUCUCUGUUGUCUUGUGCACGCAUUUGAGUCCAUUUCUGCUGUUUGGCUUCUGUAAUUCUGGAUGAUUCAUUGUAUUUUUCCAUCAGUUCUUCCACCUUUUACAUACUCUUUAAUUGCAUGAUUUAAAACC